AUGGCAAGGAGGUGGCAGAGCAUAGUUUCCAAACAGAGGAAAAUACUUUCAUUUCCAAGAACCAAUGGUGAAGGGAGUGCAUCCAGUUCCAAGGCAUCAUCUGUACCCAGUAAAGGCCUUUUUGUUGUCUACUGUAGUGAUCAGAAGCAUUUUGCAAUACCCUUAACAUAUCUUUACAGUGAUAUUUUCCAGGAACUCUUCAAGAUGUCAGAAGAAGAUUUCGGACUGCCAAGUGAAGGUCCUAUCAUAAUGCCUUGUGAUUCAAUCAUAAUGCAAUAUAUACUCUCAAUCAUCAAGACAGGUCUAGCAAAAGAGCUAAAGAAAGCUUUACUUAACUCAAAAUCUUGUAUUGGACAAUUGAAUGAUCUAUGA